GAUCGAGAUACACUUCACUGACACCUACGAACUAUAAACAGUUAAAACGAAAGUGUUCAUUCAUACACACUUAUUUCCUUGCCAAUACCAUUAUAUCAUUUGUUCAAUCAACUGACACAACAGAAAAAACAGCAAAAGUGAAGAGAAAGAGAGAGAUGGGUGUGGAUUAUUACAAGAUCUUGCAGGUUGAUAAGAAUGCAAAGGAUGAAGACUUGAAGAAGGCUUAUAGGAAACUUGCCAUGAAGUGGCACCCUGAUAAGAACCCCAACAACAAAAAAGAUGCUGAAGCUAAGUUCAAGCAGAUUUCUGAAGCCUACGAGGUUCUUAGUGAUCCUCAGAAGAGAGCUAUCUAUGACCAGUAUGGGGAGGAGGGGCUUAAGGGACAGGUACCCCCUCCUGAUGCCGGUGGACCUGGUGCAGGUGCUGGAACUACUUUCUUUUCGACCGGAGAUUUCCCAGGAGGAUCAUUUCGGUUCAAUCCCCGGAGUGCAGACGACAUUUUUGCAGAAUUCUUUGGGUUUUCAAGCCCGUUUGGUGGCUCCGGUGGGAGAGGAAGUGGCAUGAGGUCGAGAGGAUUUUCUAGUGGAAUGUUUGGAGAUGAUAUGUUUGGAUCCUUUGGCGAAGGAGGAGGGGUGCAUGUGAGCCAUGGGGCGCCUCGCAAGGCGGCUACCAUUGAGAACAAGUUGCCCUGUACCCUGGAGGAGAUAUACAGAGGGACCACCAAGAAGAUGAAGAUUUCUAGAGAAAUUGUGGAUGCUAGUGGGAAAACCAUGCCGGUAGAGGAGAUAUUGACCAUCAACGUGAAGCCUGGUUGGAAGAAGGGCACGAAGAUCACCUUCCCGGAGAAGGGAAACGAACAGGUGAACGUGACGCCAGCAGACCUCGUCUUCGUCAUCGAAGAAAAGCCGCACGGCGUCUUCACUCGUGACGGAAACGAUCUCAUCGUGACGCACAAGAUCACCCUCGUGGAAGCCUUGACCGGUUACACAGUGCGCCUCACCACACUGGAUGGCAGAACCUUAAACAUACCAAUCAACACCGUGAUUCAUCCCAACUAUGAGGAGCUUGUACCGAGAGAAGGCAUGCCAUUACCAAAGGAUCCAUCAAAGAAGGGCAACUUGAGAAUAAGAUUCAACAUCAAGUUCCCAACCAGGCUCACUGAUGAACAGAAAUCAGGAAUUAGGAAACUCUUGCCUGCAUCAGCAUCAGAAUAAAAAUUAAAAUAUAUAUUGAUGACAGUCGUAUACAAGCUAUUUAGAGAAAUAUUAUACGUAUUAUUUUUGUCUUUCUUUCAA